ACAGGCACAUGGUUUAUACAGCUCAAAAUAACUUGGGACCUGUGAGCUGACAAAUGCUCUGGCUCCGGUGGUGACAGGUUGUCCAGCUUCUUACAGCCAUCUUCACUGAAACUAAGGUUAACUCCUCACUCUCUAUGGACGGCUACUUUCUAUUUCCAAGAGCGUGAAGAAUUUUCUUUUUCUCCUGUGCAUUCAUCUAAACGUUCUCCUUGGAUAACAAUCAUCACAGUGGAGUGCCUGGGUUGGACAUCCUCAUCUGGGUCAACUAAAAAAAGAAAGCAUGCAAGACGACAGCAUAGAAGCUUCUACUUCCAUUUCUCAGCUCCUCCGAGAAAGCUAUUUAGCAGAAACCAGACAUCGGGGAAACAAUGAGAGGAGCCGAGCAGAGCCUUCUUCCAACCCUUUCCAUUUUGGCAGUCCUUCUGGAGCUGCAGAAGGAGGAGGAGGCCAAGAUGACCUUCCAGAUCUUUCAGCUUUUCUGAGCCAAGAAGAAUUAGAUGAAAGUGUCAAUCUGGCAAGAUUGGCAAUCAAUCAUGACCCUUUGGAGAAAGCAGAUGAAGCUCAAGCUAGAAAACGUCUUUCUUCUGAUCAGAUGAAACACCCAUCGAAAUCAAGUUUUGACCCUAACUUCCGCCAGGAUAACUCUCCAAGUCCUACCAGCUCUAUCGAGAGCCCUCAGGAGGCAACGAGGCCACAGUAUAGUUCUGAGGCUCAGUCCAAAAAACUAUUCUUAAAUAAGGCUGCUGAUUUUAUUGAAGAGCUGUCCUCCCUUUUCAAAGCCCAUAGCUCCAAAAGGAUUAGACCCCGGGCCUGCAAAAACCACAAGAGCAAAUUGGAAUCUCAAAACAAAGUUAUGCAGGAAAAUAGCUCCAGUUUCUCAGCUCUAUCAGAAAAAAGAGAAAGAUCAUCUGUUCCCAUUCCCAUCCCUACAGAUACUAGAGAUAACGAAGUGAAUCAUGCCCUUGAACAGCAGGAAGCCAAGCGGCGUGAGGCUGAGCAGGUUGCCAGUGAGGCAGCUGGUGGAGACACCACCCCAGGGUCUUCACCGUCAUCCUUGUACUAUGAAGAACCUCUGGGGCAACCUCCCCGAUUCACUCAAAAGUUAUGGAGCAGAGAAGUUCCAGAAGGAACCAGAGUGCAGUUGGAUUGCAUAGUGGUAGGAAUUCCACCACCUCAAGUAAGGUGGUAUUGUGAAGGCAAGGAGCUUGAAAAUUCCCCAGACAUUCAUAUUGUCCAGGCGGGAAAUCUGCACUCACUGACAAUUGCCGAAGCCUUUGAAGAGGACACAGGACGCUAUUCCUGCUUUGCUUCUAACAUCUAUGGAACAGAUUCAACUUCUGCUGAGAUUUAUAUAGAAGGGGCUUCUUCUUCUGACUCAGAAGGGGACCCUAAGAAGGAAGAGAUGAAUCGAAUCCAGAAGCCAAAAGAGGUGUCACCCCCUCCCACUACUUCUGCAGCCAUUCCUUCAGCAGUACCCCAAGCCCAGCAUGUGGUGGCCCGGCCGAGUGUAUCAACCAUCCAACAGUGUCAGAGCCCUACUAACUAUUUGCAAGGAUUGGAUGGAAAACCUAUCAUUGCAGCUCCGGUGUUUACAAAGAUGCUACAAAAUUUAUCAGCCUCGGAGGGUCAGCUGGUCGUCUUUGAAUGCAGAGUGAAAGGAGCUCCAUCUCCUAAAGUUGAGUGGUACAGAGAAGGGACCUUGAUAGAAGAUUCCCCAGAUUUUAGAAUCUUACAGAAAAAACCUCGAUCCAUGGCAGAGCCAGAGGAGAUUUGUACUUUGGUCAUUGCUGAGGUAUUUGCAGAAGACUCUGGGUGCUUCACAUGUACUGCAAGCAACAAAUACGGCACAGUGUCAAGCAUCGCACAGCUGGAUGUAAGAGGAAAUGAAGACCUCAGAAAUAAUGGGUCUCUUCACUCAGCCAACUCCAUCACCAACCUGGCUGUGAUUGAGCAGCAGCCAUCCCCACCCAACCCACAGCCUCCUUCUGUGGAACAACCCCCUAAACCCAAACUCGAAGGGGUUCUGGUGAACCACAACGAGCCCCGGUCCAGCUCAAGAAUCGGGCUCCGCGUACACUUCAACCUUCCUGAAGAUGACAAGGGAAGCGAGGCGUCUCCUGAGGGUGGCCCAGUGACUGCCAACCAGACCAGGCCUGAUUCUUUCCUGGAGAGAUUCAGUGUACAGCCAGCAAAACUCCCGGAGCCUUCCUCACCUGUCAAAGAGCCCCCUCCAGUCCUGGCCAAACCCAAACUCGACUCCAGCCAGCUCCAGCAGCUUCACAACCAGGUCCUGCUGGAACAGCAGCAGCUGCAAAACCCAUCUCCUUCGUCUCCUAAGGAGUUUCCUUUCAACAUGAGUGUAUUGAACUCCGUUGCUUCCCCAGCAGGGACAAUGCCCAGCAAGCCUGUGAAGACCCCCUCAUCGCAGACGUUCAGCCUGGCCCGGCCCAAGCUUUUCUUCCCCUCCACGAAUUCCAACACCGCCAUGGCAGCCGCGGCCCGUGCCAGCUCCCCAGUGUUCACCCUGAGCAGCACUCCUCAGACCAUGCAGAGGACAGUGAGCAAAGAAAGCCUCUUACUUUCUCACCCCUUCGUGCAAACCAAAUCUCUAGGAGGCGUUUCCGUCCAGAACGAGCCACCCCCUCCAGGUCCAACGGAGCCAGCACAACCGCCACUCUCUUUUCCCAUCGCGGGCGGACACCAGUUUCAGCCCCGCUGUGUGUCUCCAAGUCCUGUCUCUCCCACCAGCCGGAUUCAGAACCCCGUGGCUUUCCUCAGCUCUGUCCUGCCUUCUCUCCCUGCCGUCCCACCCACCAAUGCCAUGGGGCUGCCCAGAAGUGCACCAUCCACGCCAACCCAGGGGCUAAUGAAGAAAAAUACAAAGUCUCCCCAGCCAGUGAAUGAUGAUUACAUUCGUGAAGCUAAGAAUGCAGUGAUUCUAGACUUGGGGAAAAAAAUGAAUUUCAGUGAUGUCAGAUCCAACCAGCAGGAGUACAAAAUUUCAAGCUUUGAGCAGAGACUGAUGAAUGAAAUAGAAUUUCGCUUGGAACGUACCCCUGUGGAUGAGUCCGAUGAUGAAAUCCAACAUGAUGAGAUCCCCACGGGCAAGUGUAUUGCUCCCAUCUUUGACAAAAGACUCAAGCACUUUCGAGUCACAGAAGGCUCUCCAGUCACAUUCACCUGCAAAAUUGUUGGAAUACCUAUCCCAAAGGUCUACUGGUUCAAAGAUGGGAAGCAGAUUUCCAAGAGAAACGAGCACUGCAAAAUGAAGCGAGAAGGAGACGGGACAUGUUCUCUGCACAUCGAGUCCACCACCAGUGAUGACGAUGGCAACUACACCAUCAUGGCUGCCAACCCCCAGGGGAGAAUCAGCUGCUCUGGCCACUUAAUGGUACAAAGUUUGCCUAUUCGCAGUCGACUAACAUCUACUGGCCAGUCUCACAGAGGAAGGUCCCGAGUGCAAGAAAGAGACAAGGAGCCCCUACAGGAACGCUUUUUCCGGCCACAUUUCCUGCAGGCUCCUGGGGAUAUGGUAGCUCAUGAGGGGCGCCUCUGUCGGCUCGACUGUAAGGUGAGUGGCUUACCACCCCCAGAGCUGACGUGGCUGCUCAAUGGCCAACCUGUGCUACCAGACGCCUCCCACAAGAUGCUGGUCAGGGAGACUGGAGUCCACUCUCUGCUCAUUGACCCUCUCACUCAACGUGAUGCGGGGACCUACACAUGUGUUGCUACCAACAAAACCGGACAGAAUUCCUUCAGUCUGGAGCUCACUGUAGUAGCCAAAGAGGUGAAGAAAGCACCUGUGAUCCUGGAGAAACUGCAGAACAGCGGGGUUCCCGAGGGCCACCUGGUGCGGCUGGAGUGCCGGGUGAUAGGCAUGCCGCCGCCCGUGUUCUACUGGAAGAAGGACAAUGAGACCAUUCCUUGCACCAGAGAGAGAAUUAGUAUGCACCAGGACACGACGGGGUAUGUCUGCCUCCUCAUUCAGCCAGCCAAGAAAUCAGACGCCGGAUGGUACACACUAUCAGCAAAGAACGAAGCCGGAAUCGUGUCCUGCACUGCUAGGCUGGAUAUAUAUGCUCAGUGGCACCAGCAGAUCCCACCGCCCAUGUCCAUCCGGCCCAGUGGCAGCCGCUAUGGAUCUCUCACCAGUAAAGGACUUGACAUUUUCUCUGCCUUCUCCUCCAUGGAAAGCACAAUGGUGUAUUCGUGCUCUUCUCGGAGUGUGGUGGAGAGCGAUGAACUUUAAGGAGGUCUGGGUGCCUGCUGUGUACGGGGGCAGACUGUGGAGAGGGAAGGAGGGUAAGCCAGAACCAGUGUUUCCCAAACAACUGGAUCUGAGUAAGUCCCCACACUGCUGGGCCUGUGGCAAGGAGCGCUUUGUGUAAAUCCACUGCGGACUCUUGCAGUCUCCGCUGGGGCUGUGCCUUUUAAAGAUUCCAACAAAAAUGUGAGAAGACAAGAACAGAUGAACCAAAGAUGUCAUGCCGCUGCCACCCACUGCUUUGGGGGAAAGCUAGCAUGCUCCCCUGCCCCAUGCUGGGUUAGGGAUGUUUAGACCCUACUAGGAGCAAUUAGGGGCCAUAUUAUAUGCUUGGGCUGAGAAGAGUUCAACAGUAGUGACCUUAGGUAUCACUGACUCACCAAAUAAUAAAAAGGAAAAAGAUGGGAGGCCUCCAUCACCUUUCAUUGAUUACAUCCAUAGCUAGCUUUAGUCUCGGUGGCUUCAUCAAGGCAGCUUCUACUUAGCAUUAGGAGACCAUGCCAUGCGACUCACACAUGUGGAGAAGCAUUUUUGCUUAUCCUGGGUGUACUGAGCCACAAAAUAAGGUGCCAAAAUGUGCUUGAGAUACAAAAUCACUGAGACACUCGAUAUUGCACAAGUGCACUUAUUCUAUAGCCAAAACAGGGCUCCACCCACCUGUCCGCACCAUUUUCUUUUGGAUACAAUGGUGAGUGGAAUUUAUAUAUCCCUAGACUCUAGAACAGUGGUUCUCAACCUUCUGGCCCUUUAAAUACAGUUCCUCAUGUUGUGACCCAACCAUAAAAUUAUUUUUGUUGCUACUUCAUAACUGUAAUGUUGCUACUGUUAUGAAUCGUCAUGUAAAUAUCUGAUAUGCAGGACGGUCUUAGGCGACCCCUGUGAAAGGGUCGUUCGACUGCCAAAGGGGUCGUGACCCACAGGUUGAGAACCGCUGCUCUAGAACUAUGGGGUUGCUAAUAAACCAGCCAGUAAGAAAUAUUCUAUGGGGACACUUUUUAAACUACUAGCUUCCAUGGCCACUUGCAAACUAUCCAAGAGUCACCUUUGUCUGCCCAUAAAUAUACUGACACUCCCAACUCCUUCCCUCUCCCCAAAAGUCUGGAAGUGUAUGAGGGAGUGAGGAAGAAAGAGAUGCAAACAAGGGAAGGAAGUGAUGGGAGAGUGUUUUUCACUUGCCCCUGCAGAGCAGUGGGUGUGAAAGGAGAGGUCAUUAACCAAAUUGCAUUUUCUAUAUAUAAAAUAGUACGCUAACUGGGAAAGUAGAAGGGAAGGGGAAUUUGCCUCUGUAUUCUAACCCAAUUCAAACCCCGCCUUUCAACUUAAGGGAGUUUUAGACAAGUUCACUGCAAUAUCCCCAGUGCCUAGAUGAGUGCUUAGCACAAGUAGACAGUCAACAGAUAUUUUUUGGGUGAAUGAAUCUUACAUUAGAUAGAGAAAUCUACCAUUCACACACCAGCCCAAAAAUUGCCCUGGGACUGCUCAUCACAGCACAGUUUGUUCCCCAGCUAUAUGAACCGGAAGCAUCUGUUACCAAUCCCCUGUGCCCAAGUCUCUGGUGUUCCCUGAGCUGGGCACCCUCAGCAGGCAAAUUACUCAAGUGAACAAAUAGUAAUUGCUUAGAAAGACUUGACAUUUUCUUCACUUCAAGGCAAGGAUUUUCAGUAUAAAAAUAAAUUCAUUCACUCAAAAAGUCAUUUGUGUAUAUAUAAGAUGCUGUGCUGGAGACUGUGAGAGAUACAGAGAUAUGAAUAGGACACAGUUCCUGGCCUCAAGGAGCUUACAGUCUAGUAGAGUAGGUAAGAUAUAAGGCAUGUAGAGUGCUGCUUCUUGGGGCUAUAUAUAUAUAUUCUUUAUUGAAUAGAAGUUUCUUGUUCUCUUCAUCCUAUAUUUUUCAUGACUCUAAAAUCAAGGUUUCGGUCAAUUAUUUAGCAGAAUUAUUAGAUUUUGUUUCCUUUUUCAUGUAUUCAGGAACAAUGCUAACAAUGUGGGCAACUGUAAUAAAAUAGCAUGUAUUUCAUGUAGAAUGCAUCCUGCAGGAUGUUCUAUUUCCCUACUGGCUUCUAUUAUGAAAUCUCCUAUAACCAAAGAGAACUUUCUAACUCCAGGAUUGCUCCUUCACAGUUGUGCACCCAGCACCCCCCGACCAUCACAUUUGUGUAAACCCUAGACAAUUCUCCCAUGGAAGGAGAUUUUUCAUCUCUAUUUGUCCUAGCUUUCUGAAUACUUUUUUAAAUCUGUUGCCUUUUGGUGUUUGAGAACUGGGACAAAUAUUAUAUUUGGCCAUUAGAUGGCACUAUCUAACCUAAAAUAUAAAAGCCCCCCCAAAUUUGAAAUUGAGCUAUUGGAUGAUGGUAAAGCAGGGUUUCUCAAGGUCAGCAUUAUUGACAUUUUGGACUGGAUAAUUCUUUGUUUGGGGGCAUCAGUAUUUUUAAAACAUCCCAGGUGAUUCCAAUAAAAAGCAAAGGUUCAGAAAAGUCACUUCAGAACUUAUCCAGAAAGGUCCAAAGGGAUGCAGAUGGUAUAAAGCCGUCUGGUUGGCAUCGGUGAAGAACGUACUCCCCCUUGUUGCCCAUGCAGUGCCUGCCUGGAAAGUAGAAAUAAACAUGCACUUUGGCCUCAUUAGACCCUACUGUUUUGUCCAAUGUUCAUUAGACAUGUGUCAUUCAUGAAACCUCAGAAGAACCUCAAAAACAUGCAAAAAUGGACCAGCGAAAGUUGGUGCAAUUCAUCUAGCCCUUUGUUUCAAAAAGCUGUGCUGAGCCCAUAAGCACCUUUCUCUCCAAAGAACCAAAGGGCUUUUUAUAAUGCAGUCAUAGAAAUGGAGAUUGGUGAGAAAGUGGAGAAAGAAAAUGGGCCAUUAAAACCACACCGUCUUUUUGAAACAUAGUGCCCUUCACCAAAGUAAGGUUUUAAUUAGAAUUGCCAAAUAGUGGAACUGGUUUCAGUGCAUUCUUCUCUUUUUAUUCCUUUCUUAACUUUUGUUGGCAGCCAAUGAGAAAUUAAAUGGUCAAGAGACUAAACGUGGUAGCGCUAUGGCUCUGAAUCACACAUGCCAUGGAGAGUAACUCCCAGAGGAAUCAAAAGCUGACUUUUGUAAGGAUGGGUUAACUUGGAAAAUCCUCAAAUGAUACAUGGGCUGCCUUCUAAAUGUUCACUUGUGAAUUGGUUGUUUAAAACUCAGAACAAAUUUUCUUACACACAUAUCACCCAGUACUAUAUUCCCAAGUGAACCCAGUAACUCCCAUUUAACUCAUGAUUGAGUUACAAAAUCUACUACGCCUGAUUGGGUGAUGAUCCAACAAUAGGGAUCCAGGUAACACAGCCAAUAAGAGGAGAAGAAAGACGUCCUCCUCCCUUUUUUGUGUCUAUGAUGUGUCAAAGCUAAAGAAUGUCUAUGGUCCUUCUGUAUUUAUCCCCAUCCUCAGAUGCCCCGUAUCCCAUGUUCUAUAACCCCCUGCUCUAACCCUUCCCAUCUCACCCCGUCCCUGUCAGCAUGUCAGCGUGCUUCAUGAUCCAAAAUGACCUAUUCCAGUUCCACACAUCUUGGCUUGAUGUUCAGAGAGAGCAGUCCAAUUGAACAAAUUCUGAAUGCCUGAGAGUCCUUUAACUUCUCAAAGGUGCUGCAUUUCUAAAAGCAGUUGCUUUCUUACUCCCAUCAGCAACUAAUUGAUAGAAUUACUGACAAAGUACAAAAAAACAAAACUAAACUAAACAGGCUGUGAGGGGAGGUUCUAGGAAACUGACUGGGUCAGGCACCCAUAUUGUCCUUGUUGAUCACAGCCUCCUCCGGACCUCCCCCUACCCACACUCUCAAAGUACCUUCCAAGCUGAGAUCCUGGCCUGACUCGGUUUGUAUGUGGACUCUAAGUUGGUCGUUAACUUAAAGACAAAGUUACUUAUAAUGACUUUUAUUCACGGUCCCUUAUAGGGUCCUUGGUUAACCUGGCCUCAAAGUAUUUCUGAUGAUGGUUGAGUUGAAAAUCAUUGUGCCUUACCAGUAAGAUGUACAGUUACUUAGAUCGCAGUAGAGUUUGUUGAAGUCCUUUACACCACUAAUUGUUUUUUCUUCAGUGGAUCAAUAUUUCAGAAAGUUCAUUACUAAAGCUUUGCUUGAAGAAUGCCAAGCAGCUUCUAAACUUUGACAAUGCAGUGGUCAUCAACAUGCUAAAAGAAAGUUGCUAAUACUAUGUUUUCAAAAAUCUGUGCGGUGCAAAAAUGUGCAUAUUUGUUUAAAAAUAUGUUUGCUUCUUAUUCUGUCUAAUUAUAUAUUAGUUAGCCUACUUGGUAUAAUAGAACCAUCACCACACUGCCUUUUGUUAAUAUGUACACAAUGGCCACAUCAAACUCCAAAGAGCAAUAAUAGCCUUGGAAAUUGCAAGAAGUAGAGAAAGAAUACACUUUUCAAUCCUCUGAGAAUUGUGCCAUAAAGGUAAGCACAAAGGAAAUGUCAUCUGUACUAUAGAGGCGCAUAAACACUAAUUUGCCAGAAGAUUUAACAUAUAAAUGAAUAGAAAAUGUUUCCCUAAUAAUAAUAAUUAAAAUAUUUUAACAUUACUUGAAAAUAUUUUAAGGCUGAAUUGAAAUAAAUGUACAUUUUCCUUUAAAAUGCAGGAAACAGUUCUAUGGUUCAAGUUUAAAAAUUACUUUUUGAUUAUAAUAGAUUUUUUACUGUACAAAAAUAUUUGAGACUUUAAAAAGGAUUUUUAAAAAUUAUAUUUAAAAUUGUAUAAAUUACUACAUAAAUUAUAAACUACUUAAAUAUCUCUAGAGCAACAGAAAGAUAACUGGGUUUUGGUCUUCCUAAAAUAUCCAGUAGAUUCAAUAGACUUCUCAGUGAAUGUCCUUUAGCAAUCUAAGAUUAAAAUUUAUUCUGCUUCCUAACUGAAAACAGAGACACUUUAAAAAGUGAGACUUUUGAGACCAGUUUACAUUGGAAAUUAAUGGAGACACAAAUACAGUUUUGUCACAAUAUGAGGUGCUCUAAUACCCACAAGAAACAUGAAUUAUUUUUAUAUGGUAAAAGGGAAUUGCUCGAUGAUCCAAAAUUCCAAGGAAUCUGAUAUUUCUUCACAGAUUCAGUGAGUUAUCUGCAAACUAGAGGCAGGUUCUUGUCAUUGUCCCACAGUUAGUGGUUUAAGAAUCCAGAGAUCUAUAUACUAGUAUUGACUAUAGAAGUCAUUACCAUAGUCAGUUACACACAAGAUUACUAAAUUUGUAUGAGUGCACAGUAUAAAUGGUUUUACUCUGAUUUUAAGGAGAGUUAAAACCCUGCAAUUCAAAUGACAUAAUUUGAAUGCAACUAUAUUUUUAAUGCACAUUGAUAAAUUAAAUAUUAUUUUUCAGUAUUUUGAUUUCAGAGAUACCUUAUCUUCUUUUCUGAUUUUCACUUUCUUUUUUCAAUCCUUAGCACUAAGUUUCUUGGUAGACCCUUCUCUCUUCAUUACCUCCCUGUCAAGAUAAAAAUCUGUAAAAUAUUUAAUAGCAUUAGGGUUUUAGUAAUUCCUAUGAAUUUCAGACAUGUUUUCCAAUUUCCUAUAACUCUGGGGUCUCUGUUUCUUUAUCUAUAAAAUAAGCAUAAUACUUGAAUCUUUCCCAGGAUGGAGGAUAGGAUAAACGAAUAUUUAUGAAGAGCUUAUUUUAAAGACCCUUAAAAAAAGUAGUAGCAGGGUUUUUUUUAUUCCAAGGGAAAUGCUAAAAAUAUUUUUCCAAGUAAGUAGUUAAUUUGUUUUUUAAAAGUUCACAUUUCCUUCCUGCCUCACUAUUUUUUCUUAAAAGGAUAAUACACAAUGGCAAAAUCUUCCUCCAGAUGGUAUACAGUUAAAAAAAAUACCUGGAAAAAAAUUAAUUCAAGAAAUAACCUAACUGCUUACUGCAGGCAGAUUCCAGGGAAAUUUAUUUUGGCACAGGCAAGAGUAGCCAAAGGGAACUCUGGUUCUUGUGUCUAUGAUUGAAGCUAGUGGGGAAAAAAAUGACUUGGCAGUGCACAGAGAAAUAGCAAAGGCGUUCCUGUAUUCCUUUGUGGCUUAAGCAGUUCAGACAAUGCCAUCGUGCAGUUCCAGACCCCAGUGAAGAAAUGUUCCAUGCUAGCAUGUCAGUGGCCUUACAGUGAAAUGAAUCAACGUUAGAAUAACAGGUUGAUAUGGACCCUCAAAAUGAGCAUAUAUUUUGGUCUCUGUUUUCCCAUUCACAGUUACAUCAGGUCUGAAUUUAACCCCGAUGAUUCAUUUCAGCCAUGAGGACUGACAAAGGAUGUAUUCCUGCCAUAGGAAUGUACACACACACACACACACACACACACCCGGAGUCGUGGAGCAUCCAUAGCUAACCUAAUCCAAUCAGAACCAAGUGACUCCUCUUACACUUCUCCUUUCUCUUCCUACAUGAGUUCUUUCCACUUGAAAACACCCAAGGCCCCAGAAAGCUCACAAACACAGUGUGCUUCCACCUUAGGAAGCUUGAGUCAACUUAUUUUCUAAGGUACUUUUUUGGCUAUUGAAAUCCUGAUGGAAAAACCAUUAGAGUAGUCACUUUGAAAUGUAGUAGUCACAGUGAAUUACGUAAACUGCAUAUUUUGCCUUUACUACUAGAAAACCAUUAAUGGAUCUUGGCUUUUAUUCCUGUUCCUCUGCAUCAUGCAUGUCAGACAGUCUGUGGAACUGAUCCCUUAAGCCAAAAUGUUUGUGAGCAUCACCUGCGUCUGUGUUCCGAAGAUACAUGGUACUGUAUUCCAGUAGACCACGUCGUCUCCAUGACUCCCGUUGCUGUUUUCUAGUCAUGCUUUCUCAAAGAUUUGUGGAGGGUUGUAUUUUGUUUGGGAACUUUGUAACUAGAAAAGGAAAAUUAAGAAUUUAAAAAGUUAUUUAAUGGAUGUUUUCAAAAGCAGUUUAGAGGAUGUGAUGGACUGUUUCUUUAUUCCUUAAAUAAAAUGUUAUUUAUUCUCAAUUAA